AUGUCGAUGGCGCCGAAGCGGAAGCUUAGCAUGGGGCGGCAGAAGAUCGAGAUCCGGCGGAUCGAGAGCGAGGAGGCGCGCCAGGUGUGCUUCUCCAAGCGCCGGGCGGGGCUGUUCAAGAAGGUGAGCGAGCUGGCCGUGCUCUGCGGCGCCGAGGUGGCCGCCGUCGUCUUCUCCCCGGCCGGCAAGGCCUUCUCCUUCGGCCACCCCUCCGUCGAGGCCAUCCUCGACCGCUUCAUCCCCUCCGCGGCGCAGCUCGGUGCGGCGGGGGCCGGCGCGGGCCUGGGCGCCGCCGGCGACCGCAACCUGGCGGAGCUGAACCGACAGUACGGCCAGCUGCGCGAGCAGCUGGAGGCGGAGAAGGCGCGGAAGGAGCGCGCGGACGAGGCCAUGGCGAAGGAGCGCGCCAAGGGGAGCCAGGCGGCGGCGUGGCUCGACGCCGACCUGCGCGACCUGGGGGAGGAGGAGCUGAUGGCCUUCGCCGCCGCGCUGGCGGACGUGCAGGCCGCCGUCUCUGCGCGCGCCAACCAGGUGCUCCAGGAGGCGCUGGACGUCGGCCGCGCCAGGAGCGCCAGCCGCAUGCUCCUCGCGCCCCCGCCGCAGCAGCAGCAGCUCGUGGGCGGCGGUGGCUUUGAGUUCGCUAGCUGCAGCGCGAACUCCAGGAAUGAGAUGGAGAUGCAGCAGAUGUUGAUGGCCAUGCCGCCACCGCCGGAGUUCGCGGCCACCGGAAUGGAGAUGAUACAACAGGGGCUCGGGCCAAACUCCGGCUUCCCCUUCUGA